ACGUGAUGGAGGGGAGAGAGAGAAAGCGCCAAAAAAGAAAAAGAAAAAAAGAAAAAGGAAGAAAUCCCAAAAACUCCUUUCAAAGUCGCAGCCUGUUUUGCAUAAUAUCUACUGGUAAUAAGGUAGCGGCUAGCUGGGUGCCUCUGAAAGUUACUGCUAUUUGCUGUGUGGGUGGGGUGGUGGUGUCGUUGUAAGAAGAGAGAAGAGAGUAGUAGACGAACAAAAAAAAAAAAAAACAGGGAAGGGCAUAUAUUUUGCUCUCUUCGCAUUCCUUGCAGUGAGUGAAUGCUUUCUCGGCUUGGGUGUUGGAGAAAGUUAUAGCAGAGAGAGAGAGAGAGAGAGAGAGAGAGAGGUACUACUCCUGAGAGAAAUGCAGCAGCACCUGAUGCAGAUGCAGCCCAUGAUGGCAGCCUAUUACCCCAACAACGUCACCACUGAUCACAUUCAACAGUAUCUGGAUGAGAACAAAUCACUAAUUUUGAAGAUUGUUGAGAGCCAGAAUUCAGGAAAACUGGGCGAGUGUGCAGAGAACCAAGCAAGGCUACAGCGAAACCUUAUGUACCUGGCUGCAAUUGCAGAUUCUCAGCCCCAACCCCCUACCAUGCAUGGUCAGUUUCCCUCCAGUGGCAUUAUGCAGCCAGGAGCGCACUACAUGCAACACCAACAGGCUCAACAGUUGACACCUCAAUCGCUUAUGGCAGCACGCUCCUCCAUGUUGUACAGCCAGCAGCCAUUUUCGGCUCUGCAACAGCAGUUACACAGCCAGCUUGGUAUGAGCUCUAGUGGAAGUGCAGGACUUCACAUGAUGCAAAGUGAUGCUAGUCAUGCAGGAGGCAGUGGGCCACUCGGGGUUGGAGGGUUUCCUGAUUUUGGCCGUGGCUCCAGCGGAGAAGGCUUGCAGGGUGGUAGGGGGAUGGGAGGUGGAAGCAAGCAAGAUAUUGGGAGUGCUGGGUCUGCUGAAGGGCGAGGGGGGAGCUCCACAAGCCAUGAUGUUGAUGGCGGCGAGACUCUUUACUUAAAAGCUGCCGAUGAUGGGAAUUGAGAGGUAAGAAUGAAGAAUUAGUUGUUGGGUUAGCAUCUGAACUUAGGAGACAUAGGUGAGAAAUAUGAAUUUAGGGGGGAAAAAGAGACUUGCUGCUUAAAGUACUUUGUCACUUUAUGCGACGGUGCUGAGGAUUUACCCUCAAACCUGUGUCUUUAUGUUUUCUAAAGUAGUCAGAAUGAUGCAUCCUGUGGUUGUGUAUCAUGUAAAUUUGUAGGCCAUAUUGUGAUGUGUUUUGCUGUUAUGUCACUUUAACUGUGCUUUCUUUGUU